AUGAAAGGCUUCAUCCAUCAUAAAAAUGAGAUUUGGUAUAACAAUGACAUGAGCAAACCGGAUUUCAAGGAGUGCGAUGCUGAUGAGAGUCCGCUAUGCUCAAAUGCUCAUUUGGAUUAUCUUGUCGAGGACCAUCAUCGAUAUUUUGGAAUCUACAUGGCUAAUUAUGGUCAAAGAGGAUGCACCGGCGAUCCCGCAAAUCUUAUUUAA